CUCUGAGUAACUGUCCGACAUGUUUGAUUUCAUGGUUUGACAGAAAAAAUGAUCUGGAGCAGAUGUGGUCCCCCAUGGGGUAUAUAUAAGGCCCAGUGGACUUGUUGCUGUCGAUUCUAACACAUCAGCACUUUCAAUAUAUAUUCAACCCGCACUUCGGCUAGCAUCUAUAGCACAGUCCAUCAAACCCAUCCAUCUUCACUAUCCAAAAGCACACUAUCACAAAUCGCCCAUCCAUCUAACACCAUGCCCGCAACAAUCCUUCCCAAAGCUCUCCGCAAAGGCGACACCAUCGCCUUCAUAUCUCCGUCCGCUCGGCUCAACCAUCUCUUCCCCAUCGCCCUCGAGCGUGCCACGGCCGUGUUCGAGUCCCUCGGCUUCCAAGUGAAAAUCAUCUACUCUACUCUCCCCAAAGACGUCAGCUUCAAAGAGUCCGUCAAGGUCCGAUGCGAGGAGCUCCACUCGGCGUUCCGCGAUCCCGCGAUCGCGGCCAUCAUCUGCACCAUCGGGGGCGCCCAUUGCGGCGAGAUGCUGCCGCACCUCGACUACGACCUCAUCCGCUCCAACCCUAAGAUCUUCGUCGGCUACAGCGACACCACGUUCCUGCACUACGCGAUCGAGUCCCGCACCGGUCUGCGCACGUUCUACGGCCCCAGCAUUCUGACCGACUGGUCCGACCUUCCCAACCCCGUGUCAUUCACAGUGGACCACUUCCUGCACGUCCUCGCAGGAACAGGUGGCGCCGUGGGUGCUCUUCCGCGCUCUAGCGUCUACACUACCGCACACAGCGAUUUCAUGCUCACCAGCGACGCCUCGACCAAGCCACGCGAGCUGACCGAUGCCCCAGCCUGGCGGUGGCUCCAGAACGGCUGCGCCACGGGCCGUCUCUACGGCGGGGUGGUGAGCUGCGUCGUCCGACUCCAGGGGACGCUGUACGCGCCCAAGUCGUGGAAAAACAAGAUCAUGUUCCUGGAAUGCUCCAUGGGCGAUGACAUGGUAUCGCCGUACCUGGUCUCACGCUUCCGCAGUGCGCUGAUGGACUUGGCUUUGUCGGACGCGUUCCACGAUAUCUCUGGCCUGGUUAUCGGAAGAUGUUACAAGUACGACGCCCAGAUGCAAGAUGAACUCGCUGAUGUUAUUCUGGGCGUGUUUGAAACACUGGUUGGUCGGUCGGAUUUGCCCAUCCUGAUGAAUGUCGAUUUCGGGCAUACGAGUCCGCUGUUGACGCUGCCGAUUGGGGCCAGUGUGCGGUUGGAUUCGGAGAACGAUGAGUUUGUGGUCUUGGAGGCUGGGGUCGAGGCUUGA